AUGAUGGGUUCCAAGGCAUUUUUGUUUCUUGGCAUUUUUUUGGUUAUUUUUGCAAUAAUAAGCUCUGAGGUUGUAGCUAGGGAGUUGGCUGAGACCUCAAUGAAAUCGGAUGAUGUACACAAUGAUGGAUAUAAUGACAUUGACAAAUAUCCCGGAGAUGAACAUAAGGAAUAUAACAAUGGAUAUAAGCCUCCAAGUGGUGGAAAUAAACCCCCACAUAGUGGAUACAACCCUCCAAGUGGCGAAUACAAUCCCCCACAUGACAAAUAUAAACCUAGGUAUGACAAAUAUAAACCCCCUAGUGAUGAAUACAAACCUCCAGGUGACAAAUAUAACCGCCCACAUGACAAAUAUAAAUCUCCUAGUGACGAAUACAAACCUCCAGGCGACAAACAUAACCCUCCACAUGACAAAUAUAAACCUCCUAAUGAUGAAUACAAACCUCCAGAUGACAAAUAUAACCCUCCACAUGACAAAUAUAAACCCCCUAGUAAUGAAUACAAAUCUCCAGGCGACAAAUAUAACCCCCCACAUGACAAAUAUAAAUCUCCUAGUAAUGAAUACAAACCUCCAAGUGACAAAUAUAAACCUCCUAGUGACGAAUACAAACCUCCAGGUGACAAAUAUAACCCUCCACAUGACAAAUAUAAACCUCCUAGUGACAAAUACAAACCUCCAGGUGACAAAUAUAACCCUCCACAUGAAAAAUAUAAACCUCCUAGUGACGAAUACAAACCUCUAGGUGACAAAUAUAACCUUUCACAUGACAAAUAUAAACCUCCUAGUGACGAAUACAAACCUUCAUGUGACAACUAUAACCCUCCACAUGACAAAUAUAAAUUCCCUAGUGACGAAUACAAAUCUCCAGGUGACAAACAUAACCCUCCCAUAUGA